AUGCGUAUUGAUCGUGACGAGUUCGCUGGAUUCUCCGUCAACUUCCACCUGGAAGGUAGCAUCGGCCAAGUCAAUCUUCGCGAAUCAUUUACCGCCAUUCAGUUUCGCGAACAAAUCGUUUGGAAGAGGCAGAGGGUACUGAUGUGUAUCCAGCGCAGUCAACUUCAGUUUGCUACCAGAAGCUUCACAGGCCCAAUGUUCAGUCGAUUUCACGUGCGGCAUACCAGUUCGUUUCCAGCAAUCGUAUACGAAGUGCCAUCGAUAAGGACAACGGAGGACAAAUGUUCCACUCUUGUUCAAACCAAAGAUCCGAUCAAACAGGCAGACCAGAAAAGCUCUCACAAGUAUAUACAACAAACUCGCCAGGGAGUCGGAGAGGGCUGCCGGCGGUCGAAAAGCCUAAAUCUUCUUUCACCGCAGAUCGGAUCCCCAAAAGUACGAGCGGGAGACGCUCCGUCUAACUUUGAGGAUUACCGUGAGCAAUCAAUGCUGCUUUCAGCUGUCGAUGAAUACGCUUGA